AGAGAUAAAGUAUGAUAAGAGCAUUGAUACUGUUAAAGUCUGUUAUCCGUUCACACGCAGGUACCCGGCAAUCCCGUAUCAACGGCCGUCUCCGAUAGAUAGGUGCCUGCAUAGUAGAUAUUCAAAUCCGGAGAGCAUUAUUCGGUCACUAUCCACAACAAUAUUAGCAACAUCAUCACCAUCACCAUCACCAUCAUCAUGUCUCCAACCCUUGUCAACUCCAACUCGUGCUUCACCGUCACACCAAUGAGGAAAACCUCGGAAGACAAACAUGAUUACGGUGCAGUCGUUACUGACCUAGAUCUGAAUGACAUCAGCGAUGCGGCCGUUCGACGCCUAUCAGACCUGAUCUGGACACAUAAAGUUGUCGUAGUCAAGGGCCAGAAGGACCUCGCUCCGGCGAAGCAGUGGGAGCUCGUGACCCGCUUCGAUCCUGAUGCUCCUCAGAUUCAUUCUCACGGAGACUUGAAGACCUUUAACAGCAAAGGUGGUCUACUUUCUAAAGCCCGCGAGGUUGUGGGUAUUCCGGGUGCUGAAAACGUCCGCCUAAUCGGAAAGGGCUUCCAAGGAGAAGAUCACUAUGGCAUCAAGAACAAGACCAUUGCCAAACCACUGUCACAUGACUGGCACGAAAAGGAGCUCCCGCAGCACGAAUUCAAUGCAGGGAAUACUCGAUUUCAACGCUGGCAUAUGGAUGCGCCGCUCUAUGCAAGAGAUCCAGCUUGGUUUACCACCCUGCGUUGUAUAAAGCGCCCUACCCACCCCGACGUCAACAUCCGUUGGGAUGAUGAGUCCGGAUUCAGCAUGAAGGCCGAACCCGGCUUAACCGCGUUUGUCAGCAACGUCCAGACGUACGAAAUGAUGACCGAGGAUGAGAAGAAGGUCGCUGAUCACAGCUGGGUCGAAUAUGCACCCCAUCCCUACAUGUGGAUAGGCGAUUGUAAGGGGAAAUCUAACGGCCUUGGCCUCGUGAGUCAAGCCAAAGAGAAGAAGCUCAAGGACCUAGGCGAUUUUGAUCCAAAGGAUGUUAAAACGUAUCCAAUGGUUUGGAUUAAUCCCGUGACGGGCGAGAAGGCAUUCCAAGUUCAUGGGAUCUGCGCUAGGAAGCUAUUCAUUCGUUCAUCGCCAACGGAAGAGCCUCGAGUAAUCGAUGAUGUGGUGGAGAUUCGAAACUGGUUAAAGACAAUACAAGAAAGGGUACUAAAGCCAGAGUUUAUCUUGAUUCCGAGUCUGGCGGAAGGGGACAUCGUCAUGUGGGCCAACUAUCAGAUGUUUCAUACAGCUAUUGACUACCCGGAUUCAUAUGGGCCAAGGACUAUGCAUCAAGCGAAUAUCGCUUCGUCUGCUCCUCCGGUUGGCCCUAAUCCAAUCCCAGUAGUAGUUUAAGCCCCAAUUCAAAAGAGAUCGCACAUACGAUAUGCCGCCUUAUAUUGGACAAUGAUAUAUCUCGUUGAGUGCAAUAGCUUAUCAUAUGCCGCUAUCAGAAAAGGAGGUAACCCUUCGUAUAUGUGUCGUUGUUAAGCAUCCAUAUUACUAGGUAUUGAUCCUUAUGCAGGAUCCUAAGUGUUCUAUAUGAGGCUGAAUACGACGGAUUUUUAGCAAAGGGUCUGCUGGGAAAACUCGUCUACCAGUCGCUUCAUAUAAAACUCUCGCAUAUCUGGCGGCAGUUUACUAAACGAGUUAGCAAUACGUACAACAUCUUGUCGA